AUGAGUGUUGCUUCAAAAGCUACAAUAAAGGACAUUGAGUCUGUCAAAGAAGAAGGAAACAAUGCGUUCAGAAGUGAAAAUUACUACAGAGCCAUCAUGUUUUACGAGGAAGGCCUAAGAAGGUGUCGAGACUACGGAAAGAUAUAUGAUGGACAGAUGCCUUAUAAGCAAGAAAUCGGGGAAAAUCCAAAACUAAAUGAUGGAUCGAUGUACUAUUAAGACUUUAGUAGAUUGAAGUCGAUGCUCUUCAAUAACAUUUCAGUCUGCUACUUUAAUAUGAACUCUAUGCAGAAGAGCGAGUAGUUUAAUGACAUGGCUUUGAUGGAGGAUCCUGAUUACCCAAAAGCAUUGAUAAGAAAGAUUAUGAUUCAAGAGAAAAAAGGGGAAUACGAAGGAGGUUAUUAGAUGGCUAACUAUGCUGUCAACAGAUUUGAUGAUGACUUUGAAGAUGAAGUCAACAGGAAAAUGGUACCAUAGUUCAAAGAGUUGAGAGAUAGACUCAAGGGAAUGAUUGGAUAGCAAGCUAAAGUCAAGUAAAAUAAAAUGGAGCAGGAAGUUGACGAAUACUUCCAACACAGCAGCUUUUCAAUGUUGGGAGAGCUUCAAGAGCAGCUGAGCAAGAUGACAGAUCAUAUGCAGGAAAGAAAAGAUAAACUUACGAGAAAGGAUUCUUCCACAACAGUAAGCUCUACUAACACUUUUGUAACCAACUGA